GGCGGGAAGCGGCGGGGCCUGGCUGUGAGGGGGGGGCGGAACCGUCAACGGAACCGGGAACGGAACCGGGAUCAGAACCGGGAUCGGAACCGGGAUCAGAACCGGGAUCAGAACCGGGGGGGCCUCAGGCCGGCACCGCCAUGAUCCGCUUCAUCCUGAUCCAGAACCGGGCCGGCAAGACCCGCCUGGCCAAGUGGUACAUGCAGUUCGAUGACGACGAGAAGCAGAAACUCAUCGAGGAGGUUCACGCCGUGGUCACCGUCAGGGACGCCAAACACACCAAUUUCGUCGAGUUCCGCAAUUUCAAGAUCAUUUACCGCCGCUACGCCGGCCUCUACUUCUGCAUCUGCGUGGACGUCACCGACAACAACCUGGCCUACCUGGAGGCCAUCCACAACUUCGUGGAGGUGCUCAACGAGUAUUUCCACAACGUCUGCGAGCUCGACCUCGUCUUCAACUUCUACAAGGUGUACACAGUGGUGGAUGAGAUGUUCCUGGCCGGGGAAAUCCGUGAGACGAGCCAGACCAAGGUGCUGAAGCAGCUGCUGAUGUUGCAGUCCCUGGAAUGACCCAAAACCCCCCAAAAUCCCCCCAAAAAUCCCUCCAAAAAUCCCCCAAAUCCUCCCCAAAAUGGGGGCCCUUCCGCCCCCCCGUCAGUGUUAUUGUGGUGUGUAAAAAAUGUGAAUUUCUGUCCAUUAAAGUGACCAAAAAGUGACCAAAAAUGGG